AGAAGAAAGAUACAAUUGUUUAAAAAGUACUUACAAGAAAGCAAAUACAAGAAAGAAGAACAAUGUUACGCAGUAUCAGAAAAACAGUAGCACUGGGAAUGCGUUCAUCAAAUUAUUUAAUGCCUGUUAAAAUAUGUUCCCCACAUUAUUUGUACAGUUGUCAAAAAGCAGUAACAGUACAAAAUAAUAUGGAACAAAAACGAUAUUAUAAAAAUUUUGGUCAUAGAACUAAGCCACAUAACAGACAUGAUUACAUGGCUAUGCUAGCAGGAACAGCUUUACUUAUUGUUAUUGGUUACAUGGCAAAGAUAAAUUAUAUAGGAGAAAGCAAAUAUGUGAAAUUUCCAAGAGUAGAUGCUGCUGUAUUAUUACAUGAAAAUGAUGAAGAAGAAGAAGAUGAUGAUAAUGUGGAUAACGUUGAACAAGAUGAUCAGAAAAAGAAGAAAGGAAAGAAAGAAAAAACUGGAUUUCGUGAUAGAAAGAUAAUAGAAUAUGAAAAUAGAAUGAGAGCUUAUUCGACACCAGAUAAAAUUUUUCGAUAUUUUGCAACAGUAAGAGUAACUAGUUUAGAUGGUACAGAGAUUUUUAUGACACCCGAUGAUUUCUUAAGAUCUAUUACUCCUGGCAUGAAACAACCGGAUGGUCUUGGAUUAGAUCAAUAUAAAAAAUAUGAUCCCAAGAAUAUUCAUGAGAAAUUAGAAUUAGCAUUAGAUGAGAACAGUAUCUUUUAUAAACUUGGUAGUGCUGGACUUAUUACAUUCUCUGAUUAUAUUUUUUUAUUAACGGUGUUAUCAACAUCUAGACGUCAUUUUGAAAUAGCAUUUAGAAUGUUUGAUUUUAAUGGCGACGGUGAUGUAGAUUCUGAAGAAUUUGGUAAAGUUGCUACGUUAAUUCGUCAACAAACUAGUAUUGGUAAUCGUCAUAGAGAUCAUGCCAAUACUGGUAACACAUUUAAGGGUGUAAAUUCAGCUUUGACAACUUAUUUCUUUGGUCCUAAUAUGAAACAAAAGUUAACGAUAGAAAAAUUUCUAGACUUUCAGGAACAAUUACAAAGAGAAAUUUUAAGUCUCGAGUUUGAACGUAGAAAUCCGGAUAAAAAUGGGAAUAUAAGUGAAGUUGAUUUUACUGAAUUGUUAUUAGCGUAUGCUGGUUAUUCCGAUAAGAAGAAAGCAAAAAUGUUAAAGAGAGUUAAAAAGACUUUCAAAGAAAAUCCUAAAGGAAUUAAUAAAGAAGAGUAUCUCAAGUUCUUCCAUUUCUUAAAUAAUAUUAAUGAUGUUGAUACAGCUUUGACAUUUUAUAAUAUCGCAGGUGCUUCUAUCGAUCAAGCAACGUUAAAACAUGUAGCAAAAACAGUUGCUCAUGUAGACUUAAGCGACCAUGUUAUCCAAGUUGUUUAUACAAUAUUUGAUGAAAACUUGGAUGGACAACUUAGUAAUCGAGAAUUUAUAGCAGUGAUGAAAAAUAGAGUACUUCGUGGCUUAGAGAAACCAAAAGAUACAGGAUUUAUCAAAUUAGUGCAAUCAUUAAUGAAAUGUGCAAAAAAUAGUUACUUAAUUCCUGCAUUUGAUAAAUAAUUAAUUAUUUUUUUUAGUAAUAAUAAUAAUAUUAAUUCUUUCAAUUGCUUUUGUA